CGGGCAUGUGCCUUGACUGGGAAUCCAACCGUGACCUCCUGGUUCAUAGGUCGACGCUCAACCACUGAGCCACGCUGGCUGGGCAAUUUUUUAAAGCCAGGAAACUUGUGGCUGUAAUCUCCCUCUGUUAAUGGCGCAGACAUACACGUGGUGGUUCGGACUCUCAGGAGGCACGUCCGGGGCUAGUUCAUGACCACAAGGUCAGGUUUUAAGAAAAAGAAAUAAGAUAAAACUCCCAAAUGUCAGAUGUGGAACCACAAACUUAUAAAGGGACAAUGGUAGCCGGCAGCACCAGGCAUCUACCCAUCCCAGAGGUUCCAAGACCAAAUCAGAUGUCAUGGCACCCCCAGUACCGGAGCUCCAAGUUCCGCCACGUCUUUGGCAAACCAGCCAGCAAGGAGAACUGCUACGACUCGGUGCCCAUCACCCGCAGCGUCCACGACAAUCACUUCUGCGCCGUGAACCCCCACUUCAUCGCAGUGGUGACCGAGUGUGCUGGAGGGGGGGCCUUCCUCGUCAUCCCCCUGCACCAGACAGGAAAGUUGGACCCCCACUACCCAAAGGUCUGCGGGCACAGAGGGAACGUCUUAGACAUCAAGUGGAACCCUUUUGACGACUUUGAAAUCGCCUCUGCUUCUGAAGAUGCCACGAUCAAGAUCUGGGCCAUCCCCAAGCAGCUGCUGUCGAGGAACUUCACAGCCUACAGGAAGGAGCUGGUGGGCCACGCCCGCAGAGUGGGGCUGGUGGAAUGGCACCCCACGGCGGCCAACAUCCUCUUCAGCGCCGGCUAUGACUACAAGGUGAUGGUCUGGAACCUGGAUACAAAGGAGUCUGUAAUCAUGAGCCCCGUGAAGACAAUUGACUGUCACCAAGACGUGAUCCUCUCCAUGUCCUUCAACACCAACGGCAGCCUGCUGGCCACCACCUGUAAAGACCGCAAGAUUCGGGUUCUCGACCCCCGAGCAGGGACCGUCCUCCAGGAAGCCAGCUACAAGGAGCACCGGGCCAACAAAGUGCUGUUUCUGGGGAACCUGAAGAAGCUGCUGUCCACAGGCACCUCCCGGUGGAACAACCGGCAGAUUGCCCUGUGGGACCAGGACGACCUCUCCGUGCCUCUCACAGAGGAGGACCUGGACGGCUCCUCCGGCGUGCUGUUUCCCUUCUAUGACUCCGACACCAACAUGCUCUACGUGGUGGGGAAGGGAGACGGGAACAUCCGUUACUAUGAGGUGAGCGCCGACAAGCCUCACCUGAGCUACCUGAUGGAGUACCGCUCCUACCACCCACAGAAGGGGAUCGCACAACGCCUGGCCCAGCGGAGGUGUUCCUGCAUGAACUGUUCGUUGACGGGAAGGAUGGGGGGAGGAGGUGGUAUCUGUUCACAUCCAGGUUUCAUGCCAAAGAGAGGUCUCGACGUGUCCACCUGUGAGAUCUUCCGCUUCUACAAGCUGAUCACAACCAAAAGCGUCAUCGAGCCGAUAUCCAUGAUCGUCCCCCGGCGGUCGGAAUCCUACCAAGAGGACAUCUACCCGCCCACAGCAGGGGCCCAGCCCUCUCUAACGGCCAGGGAGUGGCUCAGUGGGGUAAAUAAAGGGCCUGUCCUGGUGUCCCUGAGGCCCGGCUCCGAGCUGCUGAGCCCUCGGCCUCUGCCCCCAGAAAGACCUCCCUCCAACUCCCUGUCCCCCACCUCGCCUCACCUCGUGGACCAGACCGAAGCGCUGGUUGCGGAAGAUGGCCGGAGGCCCUUCUCUCUGCUCGAGGAGAAGGCGCCAAGGUGGACGGCAGAGCACAGGCUGGAGGAGAAGAAAACCUGGCUCACAAACGGCUUUGACAUCUUCGAAUGCCCCCCACCAAAGACAGAGAACGAGCUGCUGCAGAUGUUCUAUCGGCAACAGGAGGAGAUCCGGAGACUCCGGGAGCUGGUGACCCAGCGCGAGGUCCAGGCCAAGCAGUUGGAACUGGAGAUCAAAAACUUGCGGAUGAGCUCAGAAUGGUCCUGAGCAGAGGUCUCCGCCCUCCUCGCCCUCAGGGACACCACUUGGCUCCAUGGGGAGGUCCAGAACCAAACCACAAGUCCCCCGAGAACAACCACUAUUUCUAUAUUUUUUACCAGAAAAAGAAACCCAGUCGCCGCAGGUUUCCAGUGGAACAUGGUGCCGCUUUCUAUUUGCCUUCUCGAAACAACGGUGUCUGAAUUGACUCUUUUUAGAUGACACCUUGCCUUCUGUUUGAUUCUGUUUGUAAGGGUACGUGAUAAGCUCUCACUUCCCAAGGGAAAGAACACUGUGGAAAGUUAGAGCUACAAGGACCUAGGAGGUAAACCUGCCUGUGAUUUUCAAACUGUGGUCUAUAGAAUGGGGCAGGCCAAGCAGGAGACUGUACCCCCUCACCCGCUUCCGACGGGACAGCUCUCCUUUCUGUUUUAUACAUAUGGACUUGGAUGGAAUACACAAUUCUGCGACUCAAAAAAAUUUAGAAGUUUGAAAACCAGUGAUUUGGCCCAACUUUCUCAUUUUACAGGUGGGGAAACUAAGGCCCAGAGAGAGGCACAUGCUGCAGGUCCCCAGAGAGUGCGUGGCUGGGCUGAGCUUCUGCGCUCCUGGGACUGUCUGUCUGCUGUUUCUGCUCUGAUCCAGUUCUCAGCCCACAGAGCAGGAAUCCGUUGGCUCUGGCCUCAGGGGCAUCCCUGAUUUGAAAUUGCCUCCAGUCAUUCCCUCUCUGGUCUCAAUUUCUCCAUCUGAACAAGGAGGCCCUGGGAUCUACCACUGGAGACAAGAAAUGUUAGCCUUGGCCUAAGGAAAAUUACCUGUAGGGUGGUGAGCUGGUUUUGCGCUGGGAACUUACAAGACAUUGGCAAAGGUGCAGGGGGAGGUUAACUUCAGACAAAGAAGUCAAGGUCCAGCCAGAUUCUAGAAUACAAGGAAAUGGACAACACCAUCCUCUCUCCAGCCAGAAUCAGCCCAGGCGGGUAGAUACUCCCUGAUGUGGGACACGGGCCUCAGGGCAUUGCUCAAACCCAACAGCCACCAAAGCCCUCAGGUCACAGAGCCUGCCUCUGCCAGGAUGACGUAGGCAGGUGUCCGUCCAAGGUAACAGAAGAGGCUCCCAGGAUGUAGGGUGCCCAGUGUGGACAGUUUGCCCGCGAACCCCCUGGCGGCCCAGCCGUGAGGGCUUUGGGAGGAGGAGGGUUGUACUAGGCAAGGAAGCGAGACCACAUGGCCCUAAAGUUCCCUUCCAACCUGUGCGUCUUCUGCAUCCCUCCUUUGUGAAUCUGUGUUCUGAGCCCUUCUCUGAGGUUCUCUCUUGGUCAAUACAGUGGCUCAGCUAGAGGCAAAUGUGCCUCCUGACCAAGGAUGUUUGCCCCUUGCACAGGGUAAUGCUGGAGCUAGGAUGGGGACUGCAGGAGGCCACCUGGCCUGGUAGGCUUCAGCCCAGGCUGUCCAUUCGAAUCCCUUCGGGAGCAUUCAGGAAAUACCGAUGGCCAGGCCCAACCCCGACCAAUCGAAGCUGAAUCAGCAGAGUAGGGCCUGGCCUUGUGUAGGGUUUUGUAAGUUCCCAUGUGAUUCUGCAAUACAUGGGGUGGAGACCCCAUGGGCUAAUCCAUCUGUACCCGUCUACACUACAGAUGAGGACAAGGAGCACCAGGCAGGUGCUGGGACUCCAACUCUGUCUGCUAAGUCCUCUAAGGCUAAAAUCAGGAAGCUUUGUUCUGAGCCUUCCUCCAGGUCUCUGCCCCCGGCCCUGUUCCCACAGGAUGGGGGCUCUGAUUGCGCCCUCCCUUAGCCAUGACUGAGUUCCCCUGUCUGCUGCACAUACCAGACACCCCAGUUGCUUGUCUUAUCCACCAUUUACUCAGCCGCUGGGGCCCGCCAAGCUUGCCAAAGACCAAAUCCUAGGUGGUGUCAGGAAAGCAGAAUUCUGGACGGGGGUCAUCUCUCCUGCCUCAUUUGGGGCCAGCACUUCACAGUUUACAAAGCCCUCCAACCUCCACUCGCUGACACAUCUAACUCUCACUCGGGUCAGGCAGACAUGAUUACCCCAUGUUCAGGAGGGAAGGUGAGCCUUAGAGAAUAAGGAAACGGCCAUGCCCGUAGGCACUGGCUACAAAGUGGUGGAGGUGGGGCUGAGUCUGGGGAGCUUCCUGAAUGUCGCAAACUCUCUCCACCCCAAAGGGGCCCAGACCUCACACUUCGAAACAAUGCGAAGGCAUCAUGAACAAAUGGUUUCUCUUCUUUUCUUUUUUUUUUACAUCUAGAGUAAAUUAUUUAAAUUAUUUCACAGCAAGGGAGUGGGAUAGGUAAUUUUUAUCAGAUAUUUUUUUAAGCCAUUUUUUAAAAAUUACUUUUUUGUUUUAUGUUCUUGAUUGAUGAAGUGGGACUUGCCCGGAACUUGCAGGGCCAGUCCCUUGCGCUCAGGGCGACGGAAUGUGCACUGGUCUUUCUACCCCAGGCCCUGGGAACCCCCAACUGCUGACUCAGGAACUUUCCGAGCAUGAAGACAGCACUGGGAGAUGAGCUUCAGGGCAUCUCCACCUUAGCGCGACAGUAAUUGUUCUUCCUGGAACAAAACUUGAGUAUCAUAGAGGGACGCAGGAAGUCAGACAUUGAGCUAUGCUUUUCCUAUGAAACCGUGCCUGAACAGUUUGAUUGUUUUAAUGUUGUUUCUGAAAUUCCUUGUACCUUUGUAAAAAAAAAAUAAUAAUUAUAAUAAUAAUAAUAAAAGUGAAAAUAAAUAGAUGUGGAAUCGUGCUAUGGAAAGAAUAUAACAAAAUAAACAGUAUCUGCCUACACAUUUUAA